UCCCGCUCAGACAAGCUGUGGCGCCGGGAGGCGCGCGCGCGCGCGAGAAGGGGCCAAUCAGCGUGCGCGCCGAGAUUUCCUCGCGCCGCUGCCUCCUCGCUCUAUCCCCCCUCCCACCUCACUCCCCCCGCCCGCGCGACGUUGUUGCUGCUCCCCACUCGCUCCCCCCUCCCUUCCCGACCCCCCCUCUCGCCGAUCUGAGCCCCCCUCCCCCCGCUCGUUACCGCCGCCAUGGACCCGAGCAACUGGAGCAGCUUCAUCUUCCAGAGUCAUACUCAGAAUCCACUGCAGGUUGGGACCGAAAUCCAGUCCAGGUUUUUUGCUACACAGGGCUGUAGUCAAAGUCCUUUUCAGACGGCCACCACAACAGCCCCUCCCCAACAGACAGCCACCCCUGCUGAGUCCCUCCAAGUGGACCUCCUGCCUGUCUUGGCUGCAGCCCAGGAAACAGCAGCAGCUGCUGCUGUGGUUGCUGCUGCCACUGGUUCUGCACCAUCUGCUUCCACUGUAGACACGGCCGCCUUGAAACAGCAGCAGCCUUCCGCCUCGGAGGGAGGUGGUGGUGGGCAGGUAGCUCCACCCACACAAACCACCCAAGCCCCAACCCCUCAGGCAGCUCCUGCCACGCCACAGCCAGGUGAGGCCCAGAAGAAGCCGAAGAGCAAAGGGCCCUACAUCUGCUCCCUGUGCGCUAAAGAAUUCAAGAACGGCUACAACCUGCGGCGCCAUGAAGCCAUUCACACAGGGGCCAAAGCUUCCCGUGCUGGACCCACAACCAUGAAGAUGCCCACCAUGGUUCCCCUCAGCUUGCUUAGUGUGUCUGCCAUUGGUGGGACAACUGCAGCAACACCUGCCUCUGGUGAGGGGGCAGGAAACACAGCAGGUUCAGGUGCAGGGCUGGUGACCACUACAGCAUCAGGCAAACGCAUCCGAAAGAACCAUGCAUGUGAGAUGUGUGGGAAAGCUUUCCGGGACGUCUACCACCUCAAUCGGCAUAAGCUGUCACACUCAGAUGAGAAGCCCUACCAGUGUCCUGUCUGCCAGCAACGGUUCAAGCGGAAGGACCGCAUGAGCUAUCACGUCCGCUCGCAUGAUGGUGCUGUGCACAAGCCGUAUAUCUGCAGCCACUGUGGGAAGAGUUUCUCCCGGCCAGACCAUUUGAACAGCCAUGUGAGGCAGGUCCAUUCGACAGAGAGGCCCUUCAAAUGUGAGACAUGUGAAGCAGCCUUUGCCACCAAGGACCGGCUGCGUGCUCACACAGUCCGUCAUGAGGAGAAGGUGCCGUGUCACGUGUGCGGAAAGAUGUUAAGUGCCGCCUACAUCACGGACCACAUGAAAGUACACAGCCAAGGGCCAAAUCAUGUCUGUGAACUGUGCAACAAAGGUACGGGUGAGGUCUGCCCCCUCGCGGCAGCCGUCUCGGCCCCGCCUCCUGCUGCCGUCACGGUGCUGCCCAUGGAGGGAGCCUCAGUUGUGAGCCAAGCCCUCCCCACACAGCCCUGGUGAUUUCUGGGAGUGGGGAGGCAGGAGCCGACCCUCCCAGUCCCGUCCCUCUCCCUCACUGGCAGCUGGAGCCUCCAAGCCCAGAUGGAUAUGCAGUGGCCAUAUUUGGGUGUCUAAUUUAAUGGUGGUUUCAUUCAUUCUCUCCCCCUGCCUGUGCUUGUUAAAUAUGGGGCUGGGAAAGCACCUGCCCAGCCAAGGAGGCAGCUCUUGUUCAGAGGGCCGUGGAAGGGCUUUGUGCAUUCAGAGGGCACCCUGAUUUUAUUGACUUCCCCCACUCUAGUACCCUUAAUGUGUAAGUUCCACAACAGUCCCUUAAAUCCAUGCACCCUCCCCUGUCCUUAGCCCAAAUAGCUAGAGUCUUUAUCGCCAUAAGUCUCUUGCGCAUUCCAGCAGCGCCCCCCAUGGCCCUGAUCAACUACACAAAAACCAAGUGAGACAGUGGGACAGAAAGACUUAUAAAGCUGAGCUCAGGAACAGAAAGAGUGUGACUCAAUGCUGGGAUAGCUGUGGGACAAAAUUGGGGGGUAACAUUGCAGCUGGAGAACCCCAAGUUGAGGAUAUGGGGUGUUAGUUGAGGGUUUGACUGCGCUUGGGGAGCCCACAAAGAGGUUAUAAGGGGGGUGCAAAUCAGGACUGAGGGGCAUCAUAGGUGGAACUCAAGGCUGGGGUAGCCAAGGGGGGUUGUGUAGGAUGGAGAAGGGCUGCAUUUCUCCAUGGAUUGAGUGUUGAGCUGCCCUCCAUUCCCCUGCAGAGGAGCUGCUCUGAAUUUCCCUCCUUACCCCAGCUCCUCCUCCUUCUGUGGUAUCUGUUUUAAUGCUCCAUUCCCUCAGCUUCUCUUGUGAUUCGUGUUCCAAGCGUGUCAGCCCUUUACACCAAGCAUUGAUGCCCACCCGCUGAACACCUUCCUUGUUGCAUGCAACCCCCAGUUUGGGGUUAGAGUCUCUCGCUUUUUUGUAUUAUAUAUAUAUUAAAAAAAACUCCCCUGGCAUUUAAAAUAACCCCUCCCCUUUGUGUUUUUGUUUUUGUUUUUUUUGGUUAACACAAAAUGUAAUGAAGAGCAUCCAUCUAUCCUUCCCCUUUGUUCCCUCCCUUCUUCCCCCAUUUCCUUCCCUCUUCUGUACACCCUUCUUUCUGGAUCUGUGUCUUGACAGCAAAAGAUUUUAGUAAAAACAUUGAAGGAAAAAAAUCCA